GCCCCUGAUGUGCACCUUGACGGCUCCUAACCAAUACAAGGGGCCCUAUUACCGUUCCCUGACCUCCCAGGAUAUACCAAACAACACAAUUUGUGACUACAUCAUACUAGAUAUUAAGCAGUCACCGGACGGCAGCUAUAAUGAUACAUCGUACAUGUUCCUUCGAGCGCACACCAAUAGGUACCUCUUCACGCUGGACAAUUCCGUUAGUUCCCGUAAAAUGAAAGACAGAUUAUUAGAACAGCCGUUCAUGACCAGCGUCAAUAUGAUUCGUCAGAUUCUGGACCUGCAGGGCUUCGGCUUCUUCACGCUGGAUACCACCACAGCAUCGACCUACACUGCGACGGACAUCGACUUUCUCAGGCUUAUCUUCCAGAAUCUGAAUCAAAUGCUGAACAAGCUAGGCGUGUUGACUCCUUUCAACUUUUUUGCCUUCAAGCUGCGGAAUCCAAAUCAGACCUUAGCCGAUUACACGACAUUCCUACAGAAGAUCAACGGGUACGUUGGUAGGUUAAGGAGCCGAGGCACUUAAAAUACCGACAUUUUUAAACAAUUUGAAUAAAUUGUUUCUUUAUGAAAGUUGGGCGGGUGGGUAGCUAUUCAUUAUGAUACUGUAAUGCGCAGACAAUAAACGAGGACUCAAGCAAAUUUAGUUUUUGAAAGGAAGUUGCACACGUAUGUAUGUUCAGACUAACUAAAUUGAGCAUGUGCAAAGGCAUUCAGAAUAAAAACUUAGAAAAGUCACAUGGCACUCAAAGAGGCUAAUUUCUUCCAAGUUAGCACUAUAGGUGGAGAGCUCGUUUUUUUUUUAUAAGAAAGGUCUCGGUUACUUCGCUUGUUUGUUUUUAUGCGCAAAGAAACUCAUAGUACCACAAAACACAGGUUCGUAAUGAAAGCUUUUGCACUGGUUGGCUAAGUGUGAGUGGCUAUUUUUGUCAAUUGUCGGUACUAUCUGUUGUUAACACCGCGGACAGUUUGGCCUAUGCAAAGAGGGCCGCAGAUUAGUGGUAACAUGCACACUACGCCUAGUUUGCAUCUUGCAAACCAGGCUUCCUUCUUCAAAGCCUAGGCAUAGUUCUUCUUGUUCGUAUUGUGAGAAACA